AUGGACAUUAUCGACUGUGAUGUGUUCAGCAAAAGCUCUCCAGAAGCGAGAAACAAGGCAGGCUUGAAGGAAGAUCUGGAGAGUAUCAAAUCUUCGUCACGAAGAAUCUUGGUUCUUGAUCAGCGUAUCAAAGAGAGCCGGAAGAAGCUUGUUGACUACAGGAACAGGAAGGAAAAAGCAAUCAUUGAUGAAAACGCGCUGAAGCCAACUAGGGCAGGCGUAAAGAAGAUACAACAGGGUAGGAAACAAACACAUGUAUUUCCCCAUCAGUUCGAUGACACUAACUCAAAAGACAGACAAACGAUAUCGGAAAAAAUGAAGACAGCAAGGAACAAGGUGGUAAACACGACGAGACUUGUCCGUACCGAAGAAGCGUUAUUGAAUGGCCACCAACAGGAGAGGUACAGCGCUCAUCUGUCUUUGCGCACAUGCGAGGGCAGAUCAAAGUGGACAUGCAUGUCUAUGAGACAUGGUCAAAUCGAGAAACGGCUCACAGAGAAUCUUGAGAGACAGCGGAGGGAGAUGGAGGGAACUGGCCAACGGGCUAGUCCAAGCGAACCACCCACUAACAUAUUCUCUGUUUCCGCUACUGCCUACCGUGACAUCCUCAAGAGUCGAAGGCCGUUGGGGCUCCCCACCAAAUCCUACACUAGAAUACCCCAGCUUAGUCAAUGGCUAUGCGACUCGGUGAUGGAGAACAGGGAGUUUUAUUUGGACAGUCUCCUCCUCGCGCAUGGCAUUCGAAGAUGGUCAAACGUGAACACAGCGGGUAUGGACGUUAAAUUAUCUCGCGAACUGAUCGAGACCGUUCUCUCACGCAGUCAUGAUAGCUGCUCACAGAGGCUUGAGGCGGAACUCCACUUGUGGUCAGAGAAGAUCAAGUCAUUUGAUCCCUUUUCACAGAUUAACCAAACGCAGGCGAUAUGCAAGAGAGAAGCGGGAAGGGUUGCCACUAGGUGGGCAGCCAGAAACCCGAAUGACAUGACUUCUUCGGUCUUUAUGGCCUGGACAACCUUCAACGCAAUUCUGAAACGAGGUGGAGGUCCUUACAAAUGCAAGUCGGGGGAGCGGCAUGAAUACAACUUCCCCGAGGCUUUAGUUGUACCCAUCCUGGAGAAAGUAUUCUUGAAGACUUUGCACAAAAUGUUCCAGGUUAAGAUCCCACCGGCUGAGAAACCUAUCGUGCCACGGAUUAAAGCAAUCUGGGACAAGUACAUGGACGAGCUCGUGGGUCUGAUCCGAGAUACGGCACCUCAACUUCUUCCCCAUGUCGUGGAAAGCAUUCCGGUCAUGAGCGGCGUCCAGGAUGAGAUAGCCGACAAAGUUCAUGAGGCACUCACAAAGCUUUCGAAGUGUUCUGCUGAGAUCCACCCGGAAUUUCGAGUUACAAUGGAAGAGAAGCUUGUGCCUAUGUUCGAGGAAUGCCUGGAGAUCAAAGGCAAGGGACAUUACCAACGUCGCCGCAGAUAUUUGCAGGACAAUGUCAAGGCAAAGAACAUGGGAAUGUUCAGCGAUGGGUUCAGAAACAUGAAAAGACGAUACGAAACCCAUCUAGCCAAAGUUUCCGUGGAAUUCUCGGCAAUUGCUCAGUUCGCUGUGACAAAGGUCCAAGACCAAAUCGGCCUUUUGCUGACCAAAAUUGAGAGCGUCAAUGAAAAGAAGCAAAAGCUGUCAGACGGCGCCACCGCAGUCCGGCAGGAAGUAGGACAGGCCGCAACGCAAUGGGUGGCCGAGUGGAGAGUUCCGAAAUACUUGGUGAAUCCGGCACGCCCUCAUGGUCUUUUGCUGCCCAGGAAGUAUGUCGAGCCUGAGCCGGAGGACCGGGAUAAGGAGGGAAAUGCGGCGAAGGGCAAGAAGAACGAAGACGAUGACGGUGAUAAUGAGAUGGAGGACGCCGAGUGA